AUGAAGUCCAAUGCGAUUGUAGCGGAGCCGCACUUCAAGCAGCUUGCGGUUGCCACGAGAGCGCCAGGUCAUGCAAAGCACUGCAAUGCUGAAAAGCUUCCCGAGGACGACAUCUCAGGCACGAGGACCGACACUUCAAGUUGCGAUGAGGAACGUGAGAGCGACGAAAGAUCCAUGCUGGAAGAGUCAAGAAUCACAAGUGAUAAGUCCAGACGAAAUCCAAACACGGGAGAUGGUGAGUCCUGGCAGGCAAAGCAGCGAACAGGCAUGAAUGGACCUGGAGAUCCGGAUCCCGAUGCGGGUGCAGCGGAUCCUGCACACGAAGAGCUGUGCAAAAAUGACGGUGGCGCUGAGUUUAAAGAGUCCGAGACUGACAGCUUUGGACCAGUUUAA